AUGAAGGAAAAGUCUUUUUGUACCAAGCAUUCACAAUCUCAAAUGUAAAAACCAGAUUUUGAAAAUAUAUUAGGAAGUACUAAUUAUAAUUUAUGUAGAACAUUUAACAGAAAGAUUUAGGUAAUUUAUUAUGGUAUCAUUUGCUCUUUUGUUCUAACGAACUUAGAAAAUACUUGAUUACACUGAUUAAUUUAUGACUCAGAUCUAGGAGGCUAUUGAAUAAUUAUAACUUAAAAAUUCAAUAAAUUUUAUGAAUGAAAAUAUGUCAGAGAUUAUUGAAAAAGAAACAGCUUUAAAAGAAGGGGAGAAAUUGCAUACAUUAAUUUUUAGAAUACUUAAGUUCUUGACUGAAGAUAAUAUAACUUGGAGCUAUGCUACUAGCAAGUUUUUAUAGAUUCCUAUAGAUAGUAGAAUAUAAGUAGAUAUUUAAAUAUAUCAUUUUCAUCCUAACAAUUAAUUUGAAAACUUAGCGUUAGAUCAAUAAGAAUAAAUUUGUUAAUGUUCAAUACUAAAUUUAUUCGUCAAAUAUAAUGUUUUUUUCUCAAGAUUUUUAAAAAAUGAUUCAAAUUAAAUUUCUGAUUUGUUUUAUGAAUUGCAUGUUGAUGAGAAUUUCAAAACUUAGUUAUGCAAAUAAAUCUUAAUACAUUUUAAUCAUUUAUACAAUCCAAUUUAAGUUUUCAAAUUAAUAACUAGGAAAUUAAAUUUAAACAAAAUACUAGAAACUAUUCAGCCAACUCAAAACUUAAUGAAAUAUUUCAAAAGUUGGCUUUAGAUAAUAGUAGUAAAAAAAUUUAUUGCAAAAAUAAAAUUGAAAAAGCUAAUUUAUUUAGUUAUUUCUCUUAACUUACAGGACAUUUAUUUGUAGGUCUUUUGGGAUUAUAUAAAGAAAAUAAGAAUCCAUCAAUUUAUUAAUUAUUUGAUAUUUUCUCAAAUCAAUUGCUCUAUAUGUAAAUUAUAAAUUAAUUUAUUUUAGACCACUUUGUAAUUCUGAAACCAAACUAUACUGUUCCAAAUUCGAUAAUAUAAUUCUAUAAUAAUUCAAUGAUGAACUUGUGAAAAAGCUUUUGGAAUAAAUAAUGGAAAUCUUAUCAUUAGACACUGAAUCAUUUCAAUUUAGCCCAAUUAAUCCGAAAUACUCCAAAUUUAACUUGCUUUAAAAAAAUUCCUUAUUAAUAUAUACCUUUACUAAAAUAUAUCCUUGCCAAGAAACUCAAACUUCAACAUUCCACUUUUUAAAACCUUAAGAAUAAAUUCUACUUUUCAGAAGUCAUAUAAAUUUCCAUACAUUCAGGAUAUCGAAAAUUAUUGUCUAUUUUAGUUAAUGUUUGGAAAGAUGUUUAUAAAUAAAAUAAAGUUGGAUUAUAAAACAUUUUUAGAUUGAUAAUUAACUACUUUUUAAACAAUUAUGUCACAUGUUUUAGAUUGAAAAAAGAUACAUAAUUAACAAAUUAUUUGUCAAAUAUAGUUAUUUGUGA